AUGGCUUCUUUGGCGACUGCUGCCCGUGAUAUCCCCCAGGCCUCCUUGAGCCGAGACAACUUAACUGCUGUAGCGGCUCGGAGUGAUCCUGCGAUGACUGUGACACGAUCUCGGGACCUCCCGACCCCUCCAAACUCCAUCUCUCCCUCCUUGCCGGCCCAUGGCCUCAAGGCCCAGCUUCAGAAGGCCAGGCUCGACCCUAUCGACUCUGACUUGGAUCUUCACGACAACGCCAGCGGAAGGUCGCUGUCCCCGGCGCUCGAGUCUGCAGGCGCCAUCACCAGCUCCAUGCUGGCUAAAUACCACCUGCCCGAGAUUCUGCUAAACCACGGACCGCUGGCCAUCCGCCACAUCAUGGGAUACCUUACCACGUCAGUUCCUGGAUUUUCCGGCAUCCCGCCGACCAAGGCGCGCAGGGUGGUUGUUGGUGCGUUGGAAGGACGUGGUGGCGAAGGUCGCGGUGUCGAUGGGGACGUCGUCUUCGAGAAAGUGGGUUGGGGAAGAUGGGAUGCGCGCCGACGGGGACAGGCUGCCCGACACCGUCAAGCAACUCCGCCCAGCGGCCCAUCCUCGUACACCGCUGGAAUCCCAAUCUCUAGGGUCAGCGGCCGGGGCUUGAGCCUGAGCAGGGCGAGGCUGAACAUGGCCGGGUCCAACGGCGGGGAUUCGGUGCACUUCUCCCACGACGACCUCUAUGACAUCUCCAUGAUGGAGCACGAGGCCGAUAAGAUGUCCAUGGAUGAUGACUCUGCGUCGGCUUCCUGCUCCGAGGCCCCUGACGAUGAUGUCGCUAUGAAUGAUGACCCGGAGGAUGUGACGGACGACGAAGACUGGGCCGCCGUCGGAGCCGCCGCUCUGCGGGCCGACUCAUACCCAAACAUGGCCGCAGCCUUCGAGUCCGGCCUGUCCUCCAACACUUACGCUGGCGGGAUGCGCACGCUGCCUUCCACCUUUGGAGGUGUGGCGCAUCCACCACAAGUCAAGAUUGACUAUUCUGCGUUCCCUGGUCCCUCGGACGCUCAGGAGCGCGAAGCUGUCGAAGCCCUUCUUCGACUAGGUUCUGUAUAA